ACCACCUUCACGCCGAGGGUCUGUCAGAGGUGAGGGAAAUGUUAGGGGGAAGGCGGAGGGCGGCCGUCGUCUUUUGUUCGCGUGCCGCCGACGUGCGGCUCGCAGCUGGGCAACCUGUUUCGACGCGGCGAUGCGGACGCUGUCGUUCGGGGGGCUGCGCAACGCUCCCGCGGCGAGAAAGUCCCGUUGCGCGCGGCAUCUCGGAAGGUCAAGGCGCUCAGGUGAUGACCCGCACCGGGGGAGCAGCCCAGAGGGCGGAGGAACCGUUCGAGCGAAACGAGAAGCUGCCGGCAUCGAAUUUCGCGCCGCACCCGGGAAAGGGCCUGAGAGACACGACGCCUGCAACCUCGAUGGUCCGGAGUGGUACGCCGUAUCGAACGUCUCCGCGGUGUCCGGCGGCUCCUGGAGGAGGAUGUAGUUGCUCGGUGACGUUGGUGCUUUCGACGGAUGCGCGCGAAGCCGAGGAAUGUGUUCGUCGCGAUCGGCGUGUCUUGUGUGUUCCUGUGCCAGUGAACGUGAACGGGUGUAACGGUCUGGUUACAGACGAGAAGGCUAGAAGUGACUAGAACGGCUAGAAGUGCUUAAACCGGCGAUGUACGCUUUCUUCGCUCCUUUACACGUUUUAUUGAACUAAACUCAUUCAAAAGAAAAGUAAGCGCAUCUGUUUUGUUGGUGCGGGCCGAAUGAAUCUACAGUGCCAAAGAUCAUACUCAGUGCUGAUGACUCAUCUCUCUCUCUUUUUUUCUUCAAGGUAAUUAUUUUUGAGCUCCACCGCGCGACUUAACGUUAGCAGCCUGGAUCAACUCAUGUUAUCGCGUUUUACUUUCAAGGACUUCGGAAGCGAGACGACCAAAUUUCAUCAACAUUGACUGUCGUGACUAAGUGUCGGAAUCUUACCGCGACUUUCGGUGGAGAGGCAUUCUUCCAAUAUGCAUCCUUUUCGCUACAAUUAAGUCAGUGCGUCACAUGGCGAACUUUGCCACAAUCACAGCAGAGGGAUGAGUGCAUGGCCGUAAACCUAAGUGUGGAGUGGCUUAGAUUCGAACGUUUACCAUGUUCGCCAACGCAAGUUGCCUGUGUAUGACGAAGACAUAGUGCUUGCCGAUUCGCUGGACGCGCUAAACAUUUCAUCCUGUAGCAACCUUUCGGAACUGCUAUUCACAAACGGCCGUUUAGCACCGCUCGUUCUCGUUACAUCGCUCGUCACCGUCGCAGCAUCGUUCAUCAUAUGUCACGCCCAUGGUAUAGUUUGCCCCUGUGUCAAAUUGUGAUUGCCGACUGUCAUGUUUCCCGCUUGUCGUUCCAACUGCAUGCCGACGGGCGCAGCACGCUUGUCCCUUGGAGAACUCCAUCCGUCAUGCGCAAAGUCUGAGACGACGUCCUCGUUUCUCACCGCCUCCCGACGCCUCUCGAAGAGCAGCCGAGCGAAGCUAUUAAGGGGCGACGAUACAUAAUGGAAGCAUGUUCGCCCUUUUCGCCGCCUCGCUUCUUCUGGGCCCUCUCGCGAUGAGCGCGAGGACGACGUCGUCGCCCGUCGCCGAAGGGGUCGACCCGGACGUCUCGCGUCACCACGGGGGCGACCUCUUCCGGGACUGCGGGGGCUGCGGUCCGGACGCCUCCCAGGCUCCCGGUGGCGACGACGACGACCCGUGCAGGUGCCAGUGCGCGCCGUCGCACCACACCUACCGCGAGGACAUACGGACUUGCGUGCGGGACCUGGGCGAGUGCCGACUCGGAGCCUUCGUACGGCCCGGCGCGCCGAUGGAGCAGAUACCGCUGGUGUUCCUGCCGCUGGCCGGACAGAUCGUCCACCCCGGGGCCCAUCUCAGCCUGACGGGUAAGCCCGAACGCCUGAAAUGGCGUGCGGAGGAAGUAAUGUGCGCCUAAGAAUACGUGAGCGCCUUGUAUGAAUGCAAAAGAAGUAUAGAAUAGCAGCUUGGGCUUGUUGGUUUUCCGUCCUGUCUACGUUUCGCACUGUUAACAUCAAGAAACGAAAUAUGUAUACUACGGCGCACCAAAUAUAAAC